ACAUUUGCAUUUACUUUUUUGUUUUUUUGCGACGGUCUGUUCAGGCCAACUUACGCGAGUCUCGACUAGUUUCCUCUAUGGUUCAGUCAAAAGCAAACUAUCUAUGCUGAAAUUAGAGAAUUAACGAAAAAUUGUUUUCUUGCGAUUUGAUCACAAGAAUCGAAUCCUAAUCAAUUUUGUGGAGAACUAAUCCACCAAUCAACCCAACUAACCUUAGGCUACAUUUGCAUAUUCUCUCUCUGGGGACUUGGAUUGCACUCUCUCCCACCACACAACGCCCUUUAAUUCAAACUUAAAAACUUGAAAACACCAUAUCUCUCUCUCUCUCUCUCUCUCUCUCUCUCUCUCUCUCUCUCUCUCUCUCUCUCUUGUUGGAAUUGCCUCGAAUUGCCUCCAAUUCUCUUGUCGCCAAGACCUGUCAAUAUAUAUAGACAGGUAUAGGUACAUGCAUUCUGCUCUAGGAUAUUUCUCCAUACAUGGGAAAAAAUUUCACAUAGAUCUUCUAGUUGAAGCUUAUGCAGAAUUUCACGAUCUCAGGCUUUGAGUAAUUAGCCCUGUUUUUACCUCUUCAAUUCAUCACCUUAAGUUGAUCAAAUGCCAAGAUCAAGGGGUUCAGAAAUGCCUCAAAAAGUGUCCCCCAGAGCCCCACUGCAACUCAAGACAUCAAGCUCUCAUUCUGAUCCGCUGCAUCAUCGAUCACCCACCGAUAGGAGUCCCAAAGUAGGAGACCGUCGAUCACCAAGAGGGGCUCAAUCUGAUCCCUUGAACCAAAAGAAACUGGGGACCCGCAUCGCAGAUCUAGAAUCUCAACUUGGGCAAGCACAAGAUGAGCUCAAGAUUCUGAAGGAUCAGUUAGCCUCUGCAGAGGCCGCAAAGAAAGAAGCUCAAGAACAACUGGAAAAUAAAUCCAACACACAAAAUGCUCCAAAGCCAGACCAAGUGGAAGCUCAAGAUAAACAAUCCCCAAAUGAGGUCAAAAAGUCCAACAAAAAUUACAAUGUUAUCCAAAAUGAGAUUUCCGAUGAAAAUGAGCGCGAAACUGAUGUUUUUGAAGUUCCAAUGGAAAAGGCAAAUGUGGAAUUGAAGGUUGAGUUCAGCCCAACAAUUGAUGAAGAAAACCAUGGAACAAAACCAACUAGUGUAUCAACUGAAUAUGACGACUUGGCCAUGAAGAAUGAUGAGAUAAAUUUAAUGAAGGCAAAUUUUGAAGAGAAAGCAAAGGAACUAGAGGUCUUUCGCCAAGAAAACGAGAGCCUAAAGGGUCAGCUCAAGGAAGCAGCUUUAGAGAUAUCAACCGGUCGAGCCAAGGAAGAGGAAAUGAGUUCAAAGUUGAGCCAACUGAAGCAACAGCUAGAAGCAAGUAAGAGUAUUGAAGUCUCUUUGAAGGAGAAGCUGGAAGCAGUGGAAGUAGCAAAAGAGGCAUUGGAAAGUGAAAUGAAGAAACUGAGAGUGCAAACCGAGCAGUGGAGGAAAGCAGCCGAUGCUGCAGCCGCAGUGCUUUCUGGUGGUGUGGACAUGAGCGGGAUGAGAAUGCCCGAGAGGUGUGGGUCCAUGGAUAUUAAGCACUUCGGAAGUGUUUUUCAACCGUCGGGUGGUGGGUAUGCCGGUUUCGUCGGUUCACCCAGUAUGGGUGAGGAUUCGGACGAUGGGUUCGGAAGUGGAAAGAGGAAAGGGUCUGGAAUUAGGAUGUUUGGGGACCUAUGGAAAAAGAAGGGCAAUAAGUAAGGGAAAGAACCUGUGGUGGUGUUAAUCUGGAAAAUCUCUUUCAUUGCUGUAUUAUCUUUUGUGCUGCCAUUUUCUUGGCAUUGUGUUUGUGUUUAAUGUUCUACUACCAUUUUGGCGGCUAUUAAGCCAAGCAGGAGAACAAUUAAUUGUGCUGAAUGCUCUCCAAAACUUAGGUAUGAUCUUCCUUUGUACCCAAGUCCGAGGUCUUGUGGGGUUAUCCCGGGGCUGGCUCUGUGUGUAGCUUCAUAGUGAGGUUUUGGAAACCACUUUGUAUGAUAUAUGCAUCAGCAUUAAGCAGUUCCUUGUUUUAGAACCGAAUGUACUGGUUCUCGUUUUAUCA